GAUGGGAGGUGGCCAUGGGGCUGCGGCCGGGGUUUGUCCCCUCCUCGGCUUCCGUAGAGGAAGUCGCGCGGAUCUUCCUCUGGGGUGUCGGUGCCCCCCUCCCCUUCCUCGGGGUCCGGGGGUGACAUUGCACCGCGCCCCUCGUGGGGUCGCGUCGCCACCCGACGCGGACUGCCCCAGCGGACGCACUCCUCCCAUUUGCCUCCCUGGACCAAGCCUCCACCCCGCCCCCCAGCCCCAGCCAUGGGGGCUGCGGUGUUUUUCGGAUGCACUUUCGUCGCGUUCGGUCCAGCCUUCGCUCUCUUCUUGAUCACUGUGGCUGGGGACCCUCUUCGCGUUAUCAUCCUGGUCGCGGGGGCGUUCUUCUGGCUGGUCUCCUUGCUCCUGGCCUCUGUGGUGUGGUUCGUGUUGGUCCAUGUAACAGACCGGUCAGAUGCCCGGCUCCAGUAUGGCCUGCUGAUUUUUGGUGCUGCUGUGUCUGUUCUGCUCCAGGAGGUGUUCCGCUUUGCCUACUACAAGCUGCUUAAGAAGGCAGAUGAGGGCUUAGCAUCGCUGAGUGAGGACGGAAGAUCACCCAUCUCCAUCCGCCAGAUGGCUUAUGUUUCUGGUCUGUCCUUCGGUAUCAUCAGUGGUGUCUUCUCUGUUAUCAAUAUUUUGGCUGAUGCUCUGGGGCCAGGUGUGGUUGGGAUCCAUGGAGACUCACCCUAUUACUUCCUGACCUCAGCCUUUCUGACAGCAGCCGUCAUCCUGCUGCAUACCUUCUGGGGAGUUGUGUUCUUUGAUGCCUGUGAGAGGAGACGGUACUGGGCCCUGGGCCUGGUGGUUGGCAGUCACCUACUGACCUCGGGACUGACAUUCCUGAACCCCUGGUAUGAGGCCAGCCUGCUGCCCAUCUAUGCAGUCACGGUAUCCAUGGGGCUCUGGGCCUUCUUCACAGCCGGAGGCUCCCUCCGAAGCAUCCAGCGCAGCCUCUCGUGCCGACGGCAGGAGGACAGUCGGGUGAUGGUGUAUUCUGCCCUGCGCAUCCCACCCGAGGACUGAGGGAACAUGGGGGGGACCCCUGGGCCUGGGGUGCCCUCCUGAUCUCCUCGCCCUAUAUUUCUCCAUCUCCAGUUCUGGACAGUGCAGGUUGCCCAGCAAAGGGACUUAGCUUAGCUAUUGCCCUGGAGAGGAGAGUAAUGGAGGCUCAAGGGUAGACCAGCUGCCCCCUCCCCAGACUGACGUCUUAAGUCUUUUCUCUCAGGUCUCAGAGGGGAACCCAUAUUUGGUAUGAUAACCAUCCCAACUGCCUUUCUUUUUUUUUUUUUUUCCUUCUGAAAUUGGGGAAGGGAGGAGGAAUGUUGGAACAACUGUCACUUCCUUGGGCUACUUUUCCUCCCCCAACUCCAAUUGCUCCUUAUAGCUGGGCUCAUUUCUGUCCCCUUCCCCCUAGGUCCCAGGCCCUGGGGAAAAGGAAGGACGUGCAUGUUUGGGAACUGGUAUUACUGGAACUAAUGGUUUUAACUUCCUUGGUCACCAGCAUCCCUUCUCUCCCCAAGGUGAAGCGGAGGGUGCUGGGGUGACCCUGCCUGCUCUGGAGCCACAGUGCCCCUGGACAGGUCAGGCCACCAUCACAUCGCAGGGAAGGAGGGCAGAUUUUUUCUAGUUUUUAAUUGGGAUGUGGGGUGGGGAGGGAGGUUUUCUAUAAACUGUAUCAUUUUCUGCUGAGGAUGGGGUGUCCCGUCCUUUUAAUCAAGGUGACUGUGAUUUUGACUAAUAAAAAGGACUUU